AUGGAGACACCUUACACAUGGGCGCUUGUAUCCACCAUAUUGAUCGUCAUCGUCGUCAUCUUCGUCAUAUUUUGUCUGAAGGCGAAAUUCUGCCGAAAGUUAAAAUUCGGAACUGAAGCAUCGACGUUAGGAGGGAAAGUUGAUGUGGACGCUGUCAAAGCUUUAGGCCACUCUUACAAAGAAAGAGUUCAGCCGGAGUUAAACGACUUGAAAAUUGACGACUGCGUGGCAAACAAGAAAGAGAAAGAUGACGGAGGUGACGUUAAACUAGGUCGGGUACAUUAUUCCCUGGAUUAUGAUUAUAACGCUAGUGAGGUGACCAUAACGAUGAUUGAAUGCACAGACCUACCGGCAAUGGAUAACAAUAAAUUCAGCGAUCCGUACAUUAAAUUCUUUCUUAAGCCCGACACGAAGGCCUAUCAAACUAAAGUCAUCAACAAAUCUCUAAAUCCAGUGUUCAAUGAAAAUUUCUCCGUUAAGAUUCCCUAUGCAGAACUGACGAAAAGAACAUUAGGUAUUCUUAUAUAUGACCAUAACCUCUUCUCCAAACACGAUCAAAUAGGCAAAGUUGACCUCGAGUUGUCGUCGGUUGAUUUUGGGGACGUGGUUGAAAAAUGGGCCCACAUACAGAAGCCCGACUCUGAAAACUGCGGGGAGGAUAGUAGAUUAGGAAGUUUGUACUUCACGUUGCGUUACGUUCCCACUGCUGGCAAGUUAACGGUCGUCAUUCUAGAAGCUAAAAAUCUCAAAAAAAUGGAUUCAAUUGGUUUGUCAGAUCCCUAUGUAAAGAUUUCUCUAAUGAUGGGCUCGAAAAGGAUAAAAAAGAAGAAAACGUCAGUGAAGAAGAAAACCUUGAAUCCGUAUUACAACGAGGAGUUCAUCUUUGACGUGACCUUUGACCAGAUUCAGAAAACAUCCCUGAUCAUAUCUGUAAUCGACUACGACCUAAUCGGAAAAUCGGAAACAAUGGGCGCCAUAACGGUGGGGUGCAAUUCUACGGGAUCACCUCUUAAACAUUGGUCAGAAAUGUUGAGCAACCCCCGACGGCCAAUCGCGCAAUGGCACGAGUUGGAAAUGCCAAAAGAUGAGAGAAAAAAAUGA